CAUUUAAAGAAAUUUUAUUUCCUUUAUUUGAAAAAGAAUUGCGCCAAAAAUUGUCGGGGCACGCGGAAAAUUGUCUUCUACAAGUUUGCGCCAAAAAGUUUAGAGACAGCAUUAAUAUGAAGCCGUUUUUCGAUGAAGAAAUGCUUAAAAAGGGAGAGGGUGAAGUUCUUACUUAUUAUGUAAUGGGCAUAACCCCCGGGGGGUUUGAGAAUCCCACGAUGGUGGCCUUGGUCGACUCUAGUGGCCAGCUUGUGAAGUCAUUGACUUUAAGAAACUUUCGUAGUAAAAUACUAGAAGAGAAACAAAAGGAUGAUGAAGCAUUAAAGGAGUUAAUAGUGGACUACCAACCAAAAGUUAUCGGAAUCGCAUGCGAAGGAAAAGAUUCGUUUCAUGUAUAUUCUGAUGUCGAAAAAGUCAUAAACGAAGAGGACAUCCCCUACCGGCCGGGCUUGGAGCACGUGUCUGGCGAGGUUGCGCGAUUGUAUAUGGAUUCUGGGUCAGCCACUGAGGAAUUUCCUAACGUCCCUAGUCGAAUGCGGCACGCCAUUUCUGUUGCAAGAAGAGUAGCCAAUCCUCUUGCUGAAAUAGCCAAUCUUACUUGCGUUGAAGAUGAUUUGUCCAUGCUAAAACUUCACAGCGAGCAACGUUUUCUUUCCAAUAAAAAACUAAAUUUGCGGUUAGCUGAAGAACUUGUUGAUGUUGUCAGUUCGGUAGGAGUUCGAAUUAAUGAAGUUCUCGAUCAUGGGAAUCUGGAAAGUCUUGUUCAGUACCUUCCAGGUUUUGGGCCUCGGAAGGCCAAAUCUUUUAUUGAGGCGUGCCGCCGUCGUGGCCAAGUACUUAACCGAUUCGAACUCGUGACACAGUUCGGCAUGGGGCCACGUGUUUUUACUAAUGUUUCGGCUUUUCUUCGUUUUGAUUUGGUGGAUAGGAAUUUCGGUGAUGGCGAAGUAAAAGUGUUGGAUGAAACUCGGAUCCAUCCAGAAAGUUACGAACUCACUAAAAAAAUUGCGCAAGACGUGCUGGACGAAUUUGAAGAUGCCGAAAACGAUGAAUGCGUGGAAACUCUUCUAAGAGAUCCUCAGCGCUCCGCUAAACUUGAUUUAUUGGAUUUAGACAAGUUUGCAAAUCUUUUAGAGAAAGAAGGAAAAGGGAAUAAUAGAUUAUUAUUAUACGAUAUUAAACACGAGCUUUGCUUUCCUUUUCGCGAUACGCGCAAGUCGUAUAGUCCGUUGAGGUCGGACGAACGGUUUGAACUAGUAACUGGACAAAGCGUUUCUUCCUUUGAAUCACUCAGCCUCGUGACUGCACGUGUCACCCGCGUUUUUCCGGACUUUGCGUACUGCCGCGUGGAUGAAGUGAUUGAUGGGCGUAUCAACAGAAAUAACGUUUCUGAUAGUCUUAUAGAAAAAGUUACUGACCACUUGCAGGUUGGACAAACUUUGCAAGCUGUAGUUUUGCACACGAAUAUUGAGAAUAUUCAAUUGUACUUAUCCUGCAAACGUAGUGACAUUGAGUCCGCACUUCGGAGGGAAGUGGAAAGAAAAGAUCAUUAUUUUGAUACCAUAAAGUGUAAACAGGACACUGAGGCGUUACAGGCAGCCGAAAGGAAAAAAUUAUCGUUAGAGCAGAGAAAUCAUCGCCGUGUUGUUAAUCAUCCACUUUUCAAAAACUUGAACUAUCAAGAAGCGGAAGAGUUCCUUUCACCAUUGGAAAUGGGCGAUUGCGUCAUCCGUCCUUCUUGCAGUAAAAAAAAUGAAUUGGCACUCACCUGGAAAGUCGAUGAGGGAGUCUACCAACAUAUUUCUAUUGAAGAUUUUACUGUUGAUAAAGAAGCGCAUUCAUUGGAGGGAAAAUAUAAACUGAAAAAACAGUUUUAUGAUGAUUUAGAUGAAAUUUUGGCGCGUUUUUUGUCUCCAAUCACCGCGCUGUUAACGGAAGUACAGAACAGUCAGUGCUACCAUAAACCUCUUUAUAAAGCUGAGCUCGAUAAAGUUUUAAGAGAAGAAAAAAAACGAAAUCCCGCGCGGAUUCCGUAUUAUUUAAGUGCAUCGAAGGAAUUUGCGGGAAAAUUAAUGAUUUCUUAUCUUCCAGGAUGCAAUACUGUUAUUCACGAGUUCGUUGUUUUAUCUCCUGAAGGCUUUACUUACCGGAAUAAUCUUUUUGAUUGCGUUAAAGACGUCAUUGAUUGGUUUAAAGAAUAUCAAAAGAAAAAAAUAAAAGAGCUUCAAUACUUACAACAAGUAAAUCAGUUUCAAGAAAAACAAAAAACUUCAAAACGUAGAGAAUCGCGCCGCUAUUCGCAUCGAAAAAGCGAAGGGAAAGUCAAUGAAAGUAGGCGGUAUCGCAGCAGUUACGAAAAGUACUCGAAAUCCCGCCAAAUUUCCGUCCCGAGCCACUCAGGGAGUUAUUCAAGAAAUAAAAGUUAUUCGGAUUAUCGUUAUUAA